AAAUCGCAGAUCGCAUGCGCCAGUUGGGGAAACAAUAGCAACAGGCGGUACAAGACUCCUUGCAUCCUGACAGCGGUUGACCGAAUUUUCUUGUAAUUAGCCACAAGCUGGGCUGGCUUUGCCAAUACCACGAAAUAGCUGCUAUGGAUUAGUAAACGAUUGGAUUUGCCAGCAUUUAAUUAAUGGAGAAAAGCUAGGACCCAAAGCUAGGAAUUUGCAGGAAUCAUUGUUUCUUGGCGCCAAUGAGUCGAAUGGUAAGCAGGGAUGCCCCGUUUUAUGCUCCAAUUGCGGCUACUUGAACGGAAAUGAAUAGGAAUGCCGGAAAAGUAGUGGCUUGGAAAAUCAUCAAGUCAUCAUGAAAAUGUGCAGCCUGUCAGUGGAGGCUAAAUGUUGGGAAAAAGGAUUACUGAGUGAAAAUUGGCUUACUCAUUAUGGGGGUUAAGGGAGACUGACAGACACUUAUUUUUUCGGAAUAUAUAUUCAAAGUACAACCUACAAAUCAAAUAUAAAUUCUUAGUUAUACACAACAUAUUUAACCCAUUAAGCCCCUCUUCAAGACCAUUUCAUCUUCAAAGAAGUUCCAUCAACUGAACCAGAUAUAUUUGUCAGAAUUUAUAUUUCUCCUUUAUUUUGAUUUUUUAAUAUGUCAAAUAAUGAAAGUCGAAAAGGAUCAGAUGAGGACGAGGAGGAUGAAAAUGAAAAUGAAAGCGAGAACGAAAAGAAAAAGAAGGAGAAAAAGGGAAAACCGCGGUUUUCCCCCUCACCAAUAAGGCCGGAUCAAAGCGACGACGAGGAAGUCAAUGUGACAUAUGCGGACCCGGAUGAUGUCCAGGAUAUGUUCACCAGACGCUCCUGGUGGCAGAGUCCGCCCGAUAUGUUGCCAUCCUCCUCGUGGGACGGUCCCGAUUACUUCGAUUUCGAUGAUCUGCUUCCGAUCAUUGGAGAGUUUGGUCGCUUCCAGCUUGUUCUAUUCCUGUUCAUGAUCCCCUUCGGCUACAUCGCUGCCUAUGUGUACCUGGGUCAGAUAUUCAUGACGCUGACGCCCCACAAGUACUACUGCUUCGUGCCCCAACUGACCCUGGUGCAGGGCGAGGACCUGCGGAAGAAGCUGUCAAUUCCCCUGGAGUCGGAUGGAUCCUUUAGCCGUUGCCGGAUGUUCGACAGGAACUAUACCAAUAUGCAUGCCAAAGUUGCCAACAACACACACGAUGUAGACGAGACGCUGCCGACCAUUCCCUGCCAGUACGGAUAUGUCUAUGAGGACAAAGAGAUGCGGUUCCACUCGGCCACCAUGGAGUUUGGAUGGGUGUGCGACAACGACAAGUACGCCACCUAUGCCCAGUUCAUCUUCUUCGUGGGCUCUAUUUUGGGUUGCGUGAGCUAUGCAUACCUAGCCGACCACGUCGGACGGCUGAAUGUAUUGGUCAGUAGCUGCUUCCUGGCCAUGCUGGGCAGUCUGGCCACCGCGGCGUCCUCGAACUUUUAUGCCUUUGCCUUUUGCAGAUUAAUCGUUGGGGCCUCCUACGACAGCUUGUUCACUAUGGUGUUCAUUUUGGUGCACGAAUAUGUGGGACCAAAGUAUCGCUCCUUGGUGGCCUUCAUUUCACUGGCCCUGUUCUACUGUCCCUUUACGUUGUUGAUACCCUGGAUGGCUCUGUGGACCGGUGAUUGGCGGAGGUUUGCCGUGUGGGGAUGUAUGCCCAUUAUCCUUGGAAUGGCCGCCUACUGGCUGCUGCCGGAAUCGGCACGCUGGCUGGUGUCGAGGGACAACAUUGAAAAGGCCGUAGAGAUCCUGAAGACGGUGGCGCGAAGAAAUAAAAUGGUGCUGCCAGCAGAACUGAUUGAUAGCUUCAAGGUGAGCUGUUCGGAGUUCUACCAAGACGAGAUGCAGGGACGCAAUUUUACUUUCCUCUCGAUCUUCAGGCGGCGCCGCUUGGCACGCUUUAUGAUCCUAAUGACCCUCGUCUGGAUGGCCAUAUCGCUGCUUUACGAUGGACAGGUGCGAGUGGCCAGUGUCCUGGAUACGAAGAAUCUAUUUGUCUACUUCACGAUAUCCUGUGCGACGGAUUUGCCCGGCUAUUUCGUGGUAUUCCUCACCCUGGAUCGAUUUGGGCGGCGUUGGAGCUCCUUUGCGUUCACGACCUUAAGUGGAGUCCUGAGCCUGAUCGGCUCCGCAAUGACCUCUUUGCCGUCCAUGAAGAAUUGCGCUUUGGCAAGUCGGUUCUUUGCCAACAUGUCCUUCAACAUAGCACUGCAGUGGUCGGCAGAAAUUCUGCCGACGAUAGUCCGGGGCCAGGGUGUGUCCUUCAUCCAUACGAUGGGCCUUGUAGCCCUUCUGUUUUCCCCACCGAUUAUCUACCUCAACAACAUUUCCUUUUCCCUGAUGCUGUUGGUGUUUGGAACUGUGGGUCUUGCCGGAGGACUGCUGUCGCUGAUGCUGCCGGAGACCCUUAAUCACGAGUUGCCCGAAUCCAUCAGCGAAGGCGAAGAUUUCGGUCGGGAUCAGAGGGGGUGGGACUUACCUUGCUGCGGCCACGGCAACCGAAAAUCACAACCCAGGCACUGGCGGAUGGGCUCCACCCUGAGAACCUUGUCGCGGGACGAGUACCGUUCCCCCAAACUCCACCGUCAUAUGAACAGGCCGGACGCGGUCGGCGUUUUGAAGCGGAGCAGCACCGUUUCCAGUCGCGAGAGGCUCAGCGAAAGGGAGAUCAGAACCAUACAAUUCAAUACUAGCAGUCAAUCAGAAUGAGAGCAGGGGUUAUUUAAGGACCUUUAGGUUUAAGGUCACAACGGCAUUAUUUUAUGGGGUUGUUUUAUAGCUUUUUUUUUAUAUAGCUCAGAAAACCUUUUUUAUUUAUAGGAUUUUAUUUGAUUUAUUUACAAAUUAAAUUAUUAUGGACACGUGAUGGAUAAAUAUAUGAUUUCAUAUGUA